AUGAGAGCAAGAAGACCACCCCACAACGCUUUGGAUCGUCCGGUUGUAAUGCAUGUUGGCACCCGUCAGCACGUUUCUGAAGACGAGGUUCUAAACUUCCUAGCCCAAUUUAUCCAAGAACGCGAGAUCGAUGGCGAUACAGAUGCCACCGGUGCCGUAGGACAGCUUCGCAGAAUAGAACGCGAUUUCAAGGGUCUGCCGCCCGCCGUGCUGGACACUCAGUAG